GGAAAGCGGAACUAGUGUUGUUUCCACGGACAGCAUUCGCAGUGACACCAGCGUGUGAUAUGUAAAAAAAGACGCGCGGAACUUUCAAGAAAAAAAGUUGGAAAAUGGUGGACAUUCUCAAACGAGUUUUUCUGGCGUUUUCUUCUGGCGAAGGUGUAGAAAAGGUCGGUGGUUCUUUGCCUCCUGCUUGCAACGCGCUGCUGGUCGGGGAGCAGCGCAUCUGUCGGUCGUUGCUGCUGCUGGCGGCCGUGACCGCCGCAGCUCAGGCGGGGAUGGCAGUGCAGUUCUUCGCCCAAGCUGAGAUCCCUCGUCUUCCGGUGUGUCUGCAAAGGUGCGUUCCUAACGUGAGUCCGGAGAGCCUGAAGAAAAUCAAGUUUUCCUAUCCGGGAACACUGGCGGAGCUUCUCCAGCAGGUGGCGCGCCUCCAUGAAUCCGGCAGCCUGGAGCCGUCGCCGCCCUCCCUGAUCAUCGUGGACCGGCUGGAGGGUUUCCUGGCUGGUCCCGGUCCUGGCCUCACCAGAGAACUCUCCUCGGCUGCACAUUUAGCCGCUCUCCUGUGCGACACUGCAGCUUUCCUCACGUCCAUCCUGGAGCGGCGGGUGUCCAGCUCUGCGUCGUGUCGCGUCCUGGCCUCCUUCCAGUCAGAAGACGUCGCCUGGAGCUCCAGUCUCCUCCAGUCUCCUCCAGUCCUGGACGUUCUCGACCGCUACUUCUCAGGAAGGUGCACGCUGGACAGAGACAGCAGCUACGAAGCGGCUGCCAGUGGGCUGCAGGAGAUCUGGAACAUUUACUUCUCUGGUCCAGGAGUCAGCGAGGCCUCCAGCUCUGCGGUGGACGCCCAGUGGCAGCUGCUGGUCGGCGCCGACGAUUCAAUGGAGUUCAAGUUGACGAAAAGAUGAGAGAGAAUUCUGACCUUUACGUUGGAUAUUCGAAAUAGACCGAGUGCGUUCUAAUGUUCAAUCAACUGAAAAUAAAG